AUGACUCACCCGUUAAGAGUAGAUGAUUUUGUUGAUGAACUUCGAAAAUAUGAUAGAAAAGAAGACUUUAUGGCAGUAAUGAGAACUUACGAAUAAAGAUAUUAUGAUUAAUUUGAAUAAUUUGCAAAUAACAACUUUCCGCCUGAGUUAUAGAGAUAACAAAUGCCAAAACAAGAAUAACUAUUCAAGCAAUAACCUUAAUAUUAAAAACCUCCGAUUGUUCGCUCAAGUUCAGCAAAUAAAUUAGAUUACUAAGAUUAAUACUAAAUAUUUCCUUAAUAGGCAAUUUAACAACCUUAAAUACCUUAAAGACUACAAUCAAGAGGUGAAAUUUAAGAUCCUUUUAAGAGACCAUAAGAGCAAUUUGACAAUCGAUUAAGUCCUGUUGCCUAAUAGGAUCCCUUUAGAGGUUUAAAUAAAUAGCAAUAUAUUACGCAACAAAGAAACCCUGCUUAGAUUCCAACUCAAUAAGUGCCAUUUUCCCCCUUUCUAGGUUAACCUGUAACAAAUAAUGCUUAAUAAAUUGGUCUACCUUUUGGAAACUAGGUUGGAAUUCCAAACAACAAUCCACAGUUCCAAAAUUAUGGAGCUUAAUAACACUAGUUUUAUGAACAACCAAUAUAUUAAUAAUAGCAAACUAUAUCAUACCCAAAAACAGGGACAAACUAAUAAUAGUAAAUGGAUGCCUUUCUUAAUGAUAUAAGAUCUUAAAGGAUACAGAAGUAAUAGUAAUACAAAUGA